AUGCCUCCGACGUUGUCCAAUCCCGUGCCCUCGACGAGCCUGCUACGAUUCCUGCGAUCGCAAACGGAGACGCCGUCGUUCUUCAACCCGGGCCGGUGCGCCCUUCGGUCCGGCCAACCCCGGCCUGCUGCCCAGCAUCACCAGUGCUUUGCGAGGAGGACCGCGAGGCUUGGGACGAGAACCGUUUCCACCUCGACGACUUGCAAGAGACCGGACCUCCUGCGAAACUCGCCCCUCAGUUCCGAGCCCGCCACCGCCCGGGUCAGCCGCAGACGCAGCGGCGCAGCCGUCGCACUCUUCAGCUCGACGUGCAUUAAGCGAGAUGCCUGCAACGACGACUCGUCUACGCCGCGCAAAUCAUGGAAGGAAAGGCUUUGGGGGAUGAGGGUCAGGGGAGGGACCAAGCCACUGCAGCCCAACGACCUCCCUGUGCACGAUGAUGGCGAGGCUGGUUCCAUGUUCAACAGCCGGCGCAUACUCACCGCCAAGGCCGCGCUGGAGCCGCGCCUGCGAUGUACCGAGGUGGACGAGCACGGAGAGGUGAUCCUGGUGGACGGAGAAUUCAAGAAGACGGAGCUCAUCGCAAAGUACGGCCUGCUACCCCGUGAUCUGCGAAAGAUCGACUCUUCCAACCUCCCUCACAUCCUGGUCCGACAGUCGGCGAUUCUGCUCAACCUGCUGCACUUGAAAGUCCUGAUCAAGAAGGACCGCGUGCUGCUCUUCGACGUCUACGGCUCCAAGACGUCCUACCCGCAGUCCGCCUUCAUGUACGACCUGCAGGGCAAGCUGAAGCAGAAGAACGUGCCGGGCGGCGUCAGCGGCCUGCCCUACGAGUUCCGCGCCCUCGAAGCCGUGCUGACAUCCGUCACGUCCGAGCUCGAGGCCGACUUCGAGUCGGUCAGGGACCCCGUCAUCCGCGUGCUGAGCGAGCUCGAGGACGACAUCGACAGGCACAAGCUGCGUAUCCUCCUCAUCCUGUCCAAGCGUGUGAGCACAUUUGAGCAGAAGGCCAAGCUCGUGCGGGAUGCCAUCGAAGAGCUGCUCGAGGCGGACGACGAUCUCGCGGCCAUGUAUCUCACCGAGAAGGCGCAUGACCUCUACCGCGGCGUCGAUGACCACACCGAGGUCGAGCUGCUGCUGGAGUCGUACAACAAGCUGUGCGACGAAAUCGUCCAGGAGGCCCAGAACUUGGUGUCCAGCAUCCGCAACACCGAGGAGAUCAUCCGCGCCAUCCUCGACGCGAACCGCAACUCUCUCAUGCUUCUCGACCUCAAGUUCAGCGUCGGCACCCUCGGCCUGGCCAUGGGCACCUUCCUCGCCGGCCUCUACGGCAUGAACCUCGAGAACUUCAUCGAGGAGACCCACUGGGGCUUCGCCGGCGUCACCGCCAUGUCCGUCGGCUUCUCCCUCCUCGUCUGCUGGUACGGCCUCGUCAAGCUGCGCAAGGUCCAGCGCGUCAAGAUGAUGUUCGACGAGCGCGGGCCCCUGACCACCCGCAACACGACCGGCGGCAUCGCCAACCGCGGCGGUAGCCAGCACUGGUUCCAGGACGACGGCGCCUCCGGCAUGCUCGAGGCCCGGAACCGCGAGAAGUUCAGGCGCGUCACGAACCAGAAGGCCGCCGCCGCGGCCGCCGCCAGCUCCAAGUCUUCGGGCAAGAAGUGGUUCUGA